GUUGAUUCAUCCUCCAUUGUUCGGGACUCGGGGCGCCAUGAGGGGCGACAGAGGCCGCGGGCGCGGGGUGCGCUUCGGCUCCCGAGGAGGCCCCGGAGGAGGGUUCCGGCCCUUUGUGCCACACAUUCCAUUCGACUUCUAUCUGUGUGAAAUGGCAUUCCCCCGUGUCAAGCCAGCACCUGAUGAAACUUCCUUCAGUGAAGCCUUGCUGAAGAGGAAUCAGGAUCUAGCUCCCAAUUCUGCUGAACAGGCCUCUAUCCUUUCUCUGGUGACAAAAAUAAACAAUGUGAUUGACAAUUUGAUUGUGGCUCCAGGGACAUUUGAAGUGCAAAUUGAAGAAGUCCGACAGGUAGGAUCAUAUAAAAAGAGAACGAUGACUACAGGACACAAUGUGGCUGACCUGGUGGUCAUACUAAAGAUUCUCCCAACAUUGGAAGCUGUUGCUGCCCUGGGGAAUAAAGUUGUGGAAAGCCUAAGAACACAGGAUCCUUCUGAAGUUUUGACCAUGCUGACUAACGAGACUGGUUUUGAAAUCAGUUCUUCCGAUGCUACAGUGAAAAUUCUCAUUACAACAGUGCCACCCAAUCUUCGAAAACUGGACCCAGAACUCCAUUUGGAUAUCAAGGUGUUGCAGAGUGCCUUAGCAGCCAUUCGACAUGCCCGCUGGUUUGAGGAAAAUGCUUCUCAGUCCACAGUUAAAGUUCUCAUCAGACUGCUGAAGGACCUGAGGAUUCGUUUUCCUGGUUUUGAGCCCCUCACACCCUGGAUCCUUGAUCUACUUGGGCACUAUGCUGUGAUGAAUAACCCCACCAGACAGCCUUUGGCCCUAAAUGUGGCAUACAGGCGUUGCUUGCAGAUCCUGGCUGCAGGUCUGUUCCUGCCAGGUUCAGUGGGUAUCACUGACCCUUGUGAGAGUGGCAACUUUAGAGUACACACAGUCAUGACCCUGGAGCAGCAGGACAUGGUAUGUUACACGGCUCAGACUCUGGUUUGAAUCCUCUCACAUGGUGGCUUUAGGAAGAUCCUUGGCCAGGAGGGUGAUGCCAGCUAUCUUGCUUCUGAAAUAUCUACCUGGGAUGGAGUGAUAGUGACACCUUCAGAAAAGGCUUAUGAGAAGCCACCUGAGAAGAAGGAAGGGGAGGAAGAGGAGGAGAAUAGAAGAACCACCUCAGGGAGAGGAGGAAGAGAGCAUGGAGACUCAGGAGUGACCUUCCCUUCACUCCCUUUCCUCCUCGAGGGAAAGACUGGAGCCUCAGCUGGCUGCCCCUGGGCUUUAUUUAGUGGCAUCUAUGGGGUAGGGGAGACAGCAAGAACAAUCUCUACAGAAAGACAUGUCAUUCCAUUGGAUUCUGAUACUGGCUUAGCAGCCAGAGGUCUCACAUGACUUACACCACCCAUUGAUGAUGUAUCAUGAUACCGACGUUUCUUCCUAAUACUCUAGAAUCCCCAAUACCCAACAACCCCUGUAACCAGUACUCUGUUGUUGAAAUGUUGUGAACUGUUUUAAGUGUCUGGAG